AUGAGCGUAGAUAUCCAGAGAAACGGUGCGCGUGGCUCAUCCGCUACUGCUGCUACUGAUCCCUUGUCCGAUACUAGUGAUCUGGGAAAUCUUGCCAAUAGUAGGAUUUCAACAGUUACUAUUGCCUCCGAAUGGCAUUUCAAGCCAGCAGGCGUUAUGGAAGUCGAGAAACGUUUCGCGAAGAAACGAGACCGGAUGCGUGCUGACGGUUAUAUUCAAUGGCACGACCAAGAUCACCAUUUCCUGCUCUUCUCGGAGAGACAUCUUAUACCUCUUUUAGAAGAAUUACGUCAGAUCACGAGAGCGAUUAUUGUACAGGAGGGCGGCGACAGGGAACCUGAUUCAGAGGAUGAUGAUGAAGAUGAUGAAGGUGAUACAUAUAGCGACUUAUCAACAGAGAGCAAAUUGAUCGCGAAAGUGACCCACUACGAACAAUUUCAGCACACACGCCCACCCAACCCGGAUACUGACGAUGACUUUUACCCAGAUACCAUCAAGAACUUCGACUAUCGCUCCGUCUGGACCUACCCUGCAGAAAUAUUGAUGGACAAAAUCUUGAAAGUGGCCGUUGUUCAAGAGCUAGAAGCCAUGACGGAUAGCAAAAUUGACGUAUCACCCAGCCAGUCGACGGUUUAUAUCGGAUCAGAAAGGAAUCGCAGUGUUGAUUUGGUAAUCAUUAAACUCGAAAAUAUUGCGAAGUAUAGUUUGACAUAUACCUCUUUCGAUCACAUCUUCUAUACAGAAGAGGUAGAAUCGUGCAAGUUUAUUAUUAAAGCAUUUCCCGAGAUAAAGAAGAAAUUUCUUGAAACUACUCUUUUGGAACGAGUUCUUUUUCCUAAAUACUUGUCUGAAAGACUCACAGUUCGAGCCUGUCCAUGGAACAUGGCCAAAGUGACGUAUACCCCGUUUAAGAUCGCUAAGCAUACUCCGGCAGUACCCAGUCCAGGAACACAAGUCGCUGCAACAAAACCAUGGGCUGGGUUUGUUUGGAAGCCUCGAGGGACUCCAGCAGAUGAUCCUGUGAAAUAUUUCCCCAGUGGAUAUGCAAAGGAAAUCAAGAGACAAGAAGAUGAAGAGGAGCAGCCGGAAGAUAAAGCUGAUAGCUCCGCGCACGUUGAUAUUGAGGGCUGGGUGGCAAAUGCGACAACCACUGCCGAUCCUUCACAGAGACUAAACGGUGGUGAUUGGGGAGGCACCAUUGAGACGCCUAACAAUUCCUUAGCUCGCCUAGCCAUGGCCUCGGAACCAGACGCGAAUUCAAACGGUAAAACGAAUACUGAAAGGUUGAAGGAUUUCAUUCAACGAGAGACGAGAAUCAAGCCGGGCAUGCCUCUCACUGCUGUAGAAUGUUUAAGCACACUAGCUGAGUCGGAGACGAACCUAUUGGAUGUACAUAGGGGAGUUGCCGCUACAAGUGGGAACAGACAAGAAGGAUUAUCUGGUAGUUCUGGGCCUACUUUGAUGUCUCUCAAUAAUUGGCAAAGACUGCACUCUCCGCAAAGCGUGGGGCUUUCAGAGUCGGAAGCAAAUCGCGAAAAUAGAUUACCACCGCCUCGGCGUCAACAUGAGGAUGAAGUGAAUACUCGAGUUUUUCAUAAGACUAUGAAUCAAAAGGCAUCGCCUAAGAAAGAAGUAUCGAAGCCGAGGAUUGUGGCAAGACCACAGGAGUCUUUCCUGAAAGACGUCGAAGGAAUGUUUAGUGCUUUAAUGACGCAAGUGAGAGGUUUUCGCGGCGAAGUCAAGGUACAUAUCGACUUUGGUAAAAUCUUGCUAGGGAACCUUCCCGUAAAGAUCGUUUCCAAAGAACAGAACAUCAAACCAUAUGAUGAGCCUUUUAUCACUAGGCAAUUGCGCCCACCACCCGAGAUGAAUGUCAGAAUUGGAGAUGGCCCUGAGCUUUUCUUCACCGAUAUAUUAACUACAUUAGAAGCCGACACCACAUAUCUCUCUAAUCUCAAAAACAGAGACGAUGCUCGUCUCUGGUCCGAAAAUUGUUCGGAGUGGAAGGUUACAUAUGAGUUUAUGUGCGAAGAGUUACGCACUGAAAAUUAUUUCACCAUCGAAAUCGAUUCAGAGACCUUCAAUACCCACAUUGUAGUGUUGAGGAAGUUUGGACAAAUCUAUGUACAUGGCACAAUGCGCCACUGGGAUCUCAAACUUACAGUAGAUGGGAUUGAAGACGAGAAAGAAAUUCGCAAUAGCUUGCCUGGCUACCAUAAUCUAGCUACAGAAAUUCAGCGAAACCUUUAUAUUCCUCCUGAAAAUGAGAAACCAAAUCACUAUUUCAAAAUCCCGAAACAGAUUGCGGACGAAUUUGAAAUCUAUCAUCUCAAGAUCCGUAAGACUAGAACGUUCAACAGUUUGGAUGGAAGUUCUAAGUUACAUAUCACGGAGGUUGAUAAAUCCUGUGGACACAAAUUGCCAGUCAAAAAUCAAGAAAUCGUGGUCUACAUUUUCCCUGAAGAGAAAAAAGAACAUAACAUGGAAAGGAACUCGGAAGAAGUUUCUAGUUACUCUGAAGAGAAGAAAGAUCCCGGCAUGGAAACCAAUUGGCAAGAAGUUUCUAUCACAUCUGUUCCGAUGAACAACCUCCUUCAACAAAAUAUGAAGCUCGAGCUUGGUGAAGAAGUACAAUGGACAAUCCAGGAUCUGGCAGAAAAAAACGUUUCCAACAGCUUUAUCAAACCCGCAUGUACCAUGCUUGUGCAGAUGGACGGUGUCGGCUUUUAUAACGAUGGCCAAGAUCUCAAGGCUUAG